AUGGACGGUUUUCAAUUCAUUAUCGAGUCCCCCCAAGAAACCCAAGGUCACAAGAAACGCCCGCGUCUUGUGACUUCUUGUGAUAACUGCCGCCUCAAAAAAAUCAAGUGUCUGCAGUCAUCCCCCGAGACGCAAUGCGAGGCCUGCAAGGCAGCCAAAAUUCCAUGCAAGUUUCGCGAUCGCGAACGAUAUUUUGCUGAGCGUAGUCGAGCCAUUGCGGGCCCCAGUUCCGUGCCACCGUACCAUGGAUCGUCGAGUAGAGCAACGACUGCUGUCCCAGAGUCCUCGGAGCGUUCCAAUUCGAGUAGUACCAACGAAUACGCCACUCCGGCGUCGACCGCAUACACGCCACCCCAUGGAAGACAUACAGCUGCAGCUGAUGAUCACAGUCGUCGAUACGGAACUUCCGGUCCAGGUCAGGCAUUGGGUCGUCCCCAUCCCACAUUGGGCGGUUACCGACCAACUCAGGUUUUCGACCCGAUGCAUCCUCAGAUGCCACAACGCAGCUGGAUGCCACAUUUCAUCCAAAUAUUCAUCAGUCAACUUGGUAGCCAAUGCGCGUUCAUGACUUACGACGAGCUAUAUGAAAAAUUUAGACAUCAGACUCUAUCCCCUUUACUCUCCAACUGUAUCGCAGCACUAGGCGCAAGGUUCUCUGACAUACCGGAUGUUGUCGCGCGUGGUCCACAGAACGUUGCAGAUAUUUUCUGUGAGAACGCCAAGGAGAUGUUGUCCGCGGCACUCAACCAACCGUCCCUCGAUGUUCUUCACGCUGUCAUCACCCUGGCAUGGACAGAAUACAAAACUGGUCGGCUCCUUGGAUUCCGACAAUAUGGUGAUCUUGCCAUGAGAACCGCAAUGGCUAUUGGAUUGUCUGAAGAAUCCACCAGGCAGAUGAGCCCUUAUGACAGUUACCAAAAUCGUCUUCGUCUCACAUGGCAAAGUGUCUCCCAAUUGUACGCCUCAUCGGCUUGUGAGUUCUCAGGCUCGUUGCGUUUCAAACCACUCUGA